UGCUAUGGCAGAGGGGCUACACGGCAUACAGGGGGGGGUCGCCUGCAUUGUGAACCUGGCCCCUUUUUCUUACCUUUUUUAUUUUUUUCAGUGCAAUUGAUCUGACCUCCAAGGAAGUCUUGUUAUGGUUAUUUUCCUGUUUUUUGUUUCAGUUUUUCAAACUUAUCUAAGUCUGCGUGAGUCAUAUCAUUCAGCGGUAGCGCGGUUACCGUUUCAACAUUUCAUCACCAGGUGUGUUGUGAAUGAAUAAAUGAAAUAAUAUUUGUGCAACCAAUGUACUUGGUGCUUUGCUACUGAGCAAUUGGCAAGAGUUCAAGGGGGCAGGUAAUGCCCUUUUGAAACUUUUUCAUUACUCGUAGGAUCCUUUGUCAUGACAUUUGGAAAUAAUUUCCGUUAUAUAUUCAGUGUCUAUUUGUUUUCCUGUGUGUUACAUUUGAACUUGCUGUCCUCCCCCCCCCCCCCCCCCAUCUUCCUUUUACCCUGGAACACGUCUUCCAUCCUCUCGAAAUUAAGGAAACUCAAAAUGUCUCGAAAGCAAUGUACUUUUUACAAUUGCGUUAUUUUCAAGCAACCAUUUCUAUUUGUGAAUGAAUGUAAUUCCAAAAAGACAAUGAUUGAAUACAUGGUUUUUAUCUCUUCAUUUUAAUGCUCCUUGUGUGUACGCCUUGAGUCUUAUAUGAAUGACCAUACACAUUUCAAAUGCACCAUCAACACAAGCUGUAUGAUUGAACAGGAUUGGUCCACACAUACAGGGCUCUGAAAGUGAUAGUGAAUUAAUGAUUUAAUUAAGAUAAUUCUAUGGGAAGCCUCAAAUCAUAUCAGUUUGGAUGUUCAUAUGCUGCCUGGGGCAUUUAGGGAGUAUGAGAUUCUUUCAAGUUGCCUUUACCAGAUAUAUUACUCUGAACUUCUAGUAGCUUGGAAUUUUAUCAGGACAGUAUUCUACUAUAUUCAUUUUACUGAAAAUCGUUUCAUAAUUUCAUGAAUAAAUGUUAACGGCUGAAAUGAUUGCAUAGGAUAUACACAGUAGUUCGUGGGCCUACAGUCAUCCAUGAAGAAGACGUGGGGAAAAUGUGCCAUAUGUCAGGAAAAGUACCGAAAAAAGAUAUUACAUAACUGCGUGUGUGUGAGAGAGACAGACGCAGCAGAGCAGACCUCAGACACACGAGCCUCGCCGUCUUUUAGGUACUUCCGGCAUUGAACACGUGCUACCGAUGAUCGACCACGCCUCCACUGCUCUCUCACAUGUUGAUGCACACAUUCGCGAACAGGAGACUGUGAAAACUCGUCAGUGACUCACUGCACUUAAAAUACAAAUGCAAAAGCACGGCUUUCCAAUACAGGAAAACCAUCGAAGAUGGGUUUGAUUUAAAAUAUUGUCCAUCACAGGGCAUGCUAGGAUUUUCAUCAGCCUACAUUCAACAUUGGAUUUAAACGAUUCAUUGUAUCACAGCAUCUUAGCCAAAUCCGACUCUUAAUGAUGUCAAGCUGACACGAAUCCUCACGAAUUGUUUUGACACUCGAUCAGCAUCCCGAGCAAUAACAUGCUCUCACGUGGACGGUACCGGGGUCCCGCCUGCACACGUGUCUUGGCACGGGAUUGGCCCUGACGUCGGUACGGUACCUACGUCAACGCUUCUCGGGGCGACACCACCGGGGACAAUAUUAUUUAGAUUAGGGGGCGUCGCCAUGCGUAAUCGACAUAAUGGAUGCUUUGGGAACAUCAGACUACGCGUUUUCUUCAUGGUACCCGUGUCCACAGCAGCACCAUGCAUCUACUGGAGGGUGCGCUGACGGCAAGUGUUGCUGCCCGAAUCAGCCCGUUUGACUAUUGACUCCUUGAUGAUCCGUCGGAAGAUAUCUGUAUUACAUUUUUAGAUUAUGUUGUCCUGAAACUUCACACACUAGUCUUUCGCCUCUUUGAGGCAAAGAAUCUAUGAUUGAUUUGUGAACAGCGCGUUGCUUUUCUUAGAUGCGAAGAUAAAGUAGACUUCACCUCGGUGUGGGAUGCCAAAGGAACCAGGGCAUUUUGGGGAGAGGGUCGGGCGGAGCACCUCGAAGAAUGCCAAGGACAGGAGCAACAGUGCCACGGUGCGGGCCGACCGCGGGCGCCGCACGCAGGCCGGCCCCGGAGCCCUGGGGGGGAUGGGGGACAUGGGGCAACAGCUGUCACUCUUCGACUCGGGGAAGGACUCGGAAAAAGACUCGGGAUACUCAGAGGCCGGCUCGGACUGGGUGGAUGACCAGUGCAGCAGCGUGAGCCAGACACACAGGAAGAACAGCCGACGUUCCGUUACCGCCGGCAACCACGGCAGUGCGGGCGUCGGCCGCUUCGAGGGGCACAAUCCUGUCAUUAAAAACCUGUUGGUGAAACCGUCCAGGCAGGAGCAGAUGCUGCAUCGACAGCUAGCAUCAUGGGCAGGAGGCUGGCAUAGCAUCUCAGGCCCCCAGGGGCCCUCCCAGCUCCUGGAAAUCCAACAGCCAGCCGUCACUGCCCCCUCCUCCUCCACCCUGACCACCUACCUUGCGCCGGUAGAAAACCUGAGCAAAGCCAACAAGAAAGGCUGCACCAGCCGAACCAGUGGCAAGAACCACCACAGCUCCACCAAGAACUCUUACCUCCCCAUUACGCACCCCAGGAAGGAAGGCCACGCGCAGGGGAAGUCAGCCGGAGCCCCAGCCGCCGGCCAGGAGGGCGGGGGAGGUGGGGUCGGUGGGGAGGAUCAGAGCCACUGCAAGAGGGUGUGCACGGAGGACGAGUUGAAGACGGAGAGCGUUUCAACCACAACCAGACAUCUGUCCUCACACCACCACCGGCACGGCCGCCACCGAGAUCUCCAUCCCUCGCAGCACAAGGUCCGACGCGGCUCCGAGCCCCCCGCCCACCCGCCCCCCGCCCACCCGCCCCCCGCCAACCACACCAAGCCCAAUCGCUGCUCCCACCAUAGCUACGACGCCUUGGGAUCGCCGUCCGUCUCCAGCUCCCAGACGGCCUCCCUGCCCUCCUCACACUCCUCCUCUUCACACUCGCCUUCCUCCUCGUGCUCCUCCUCGUCGUCCUCCUACCCCACCUCCUACUCCUCGUCCUCAGUCAGCCACAGCCCCUUCCGCCCGAGGCAGGGGAGGGCCGGGUCUGCGGCGUUGGUGGCGGCGGCGGCGGCGAUGGCGGUGGCUGCAGAUGCAGCAGGCCAGCUCUUAGACGCGCCGUCCGAGUGCUCUUCAGUGCGCCAGCGGCGGUUCCUCCACACGGCGGAGAUCCUGAGCCAGUCGGGGCUGCUGGCCAUCACCCUGCGCACAAAGGAGCUGCAGAGGCAGAGCGACGCCACCGAGCGGGACAUCGCCCAGCUGCGCCUGCACACUCAGCUGCUGUGUCAGGCGGCACUGGCCGGCCAGCAGGUUGCCAACGACGGCUCCAACGGCCUCCAGCAUCUACUACAGGCCAUGGCCCGAUCUGGCGCCUACCCAGGGCUAGUCUCAGGCGCCCAGGUCAAAGCCGGCGGCGGCCGCCGGAGACAGAGCGUGAGGAGAGGCGAGGCUGCUAAAGGUGAGAGCAAAGAGGCAGACGAGCGCAAAGAGGCAGACGAGAGCAAAGAGGCCGACGAGCAGGGAAGGCUGAAGGACGGUACGCUGCAUCAGGAACCCAUGUCCCCGCAAGGCGCUGACAAAGGGGUUUCUUCUCUGUCCCCCUUCUUCGGCCUGUCUCCGGAGGCAGAGAGGAUGGAGCAGGUGAACAGUCUAGCGGGCUCCCUGUCCAUGGAUAGGGAUGUGACCGAUCCGUCAAUGACUCCAGAGAGCUUCACCUUACACAACUAUCUAUUCUGACUCCCACAUCUGUACCAUACCAUACCCUGUGUGUGUAAACGCAAGCAAUCCAAAAAAUACGAUUUGGAUCUUGGGUUCUUGCUCCCAUUUAUCAGCUUGUGAGACAGAUUGGUGUUAGAGAGUAAAAGCCAUUGUGAUCAUUUUUGUUUGUUAGAUUUUACAAGUGGUGAUAUAGAUUUGCAGGACUGAGGUUGUUUACAUUUUGCAUGAUAUGAGAAUUUUACAUUUAAAUGACAGGAUAACGGCAAUUAAAUCUACAAAUUCAUCGCAAACAUUUCAAAGAUUUAUAUACGUUUAUGGAAAACCAAAUCAAACACGACCCAAUCAUGUGUCAGUGCGGUCAAAACAUUUCUUGUGUUUGUUGUACAUUUCUGCUAUAUUAUUUUUCCUACUACUUACACCAACUAAUGAUGAACAUGUGGUUAUUGUGGUUCGUUGAAAAUAACCCUCAGCGAGGAAAAGUGGUUGAAUGUCUUGUGUUUUACACUGAACGCAGCCGAUUAAUGUUUGCCUCUUGAGAUUAACCAUAGUUCAGUCUAGUAUAGCCUGUUAAUAGGUAAUAUAUGAUACCGUCUACACAUUAUCAGGGCAAUUGAGUUACUCUUCUUUUGUUUCAUAGAAACACCUACUACAUUUUAUUAGACUUUGGCGUUGCAAUCGAGGAGAACUUCCCCGAAGUUGUUAUAAAAAGUCAUGAGGGGAUUUGGGUUUUUUCGAUACCUGUAAGUGUACAAUAUCGUCUGUGUAAGCACAUGGUCUGUAAAACACAAGGAGACAUUAGCUUUUAGAACAUUGAUUUUCGAUUAAGGUCAUAGUCUACGUUUUCAGUGCUAUUGGAUUUACAUUAUCUCUCCCCGUUCUCCAUAUAUUUCCACAAGACAAGGGUGCUGGGAUUGUCUUUCCUUCAAUAAAACUGUUUCUGUGGACACGUCUUGUGAUGAAUGUGUUUGACGAUUUUGAAAGCGUAUUCAGAGAUAUGCAAAUGAAAGCAUAUUUUGCUUUGGUCCCGAGUCCUGUAAAGUGUCCACUACUUCCAUCCCAUCCCGGUGAACAAACCUAACACUAACCCUGAUGUUAAAGAUGUUCCCUGUCUGACCUUAAAUUAAAAAAUAACUCUGCUCUCAAUAUCAUGCAGUUUUAUUCCUAGUUUUGAGGCGUAGUUUUGGUAAACUGAUUCCAUUUGCACACAAAAGCAGAUAAAUAAAAACUCCAUUGAAAUGAUUAUAUAUUUUUUAUUUGGCAUUAAUGGCAUCUCUACAGCAAUAGUAAGCCUUUACUGGCUUUACUCUUGGCUACUACCACAUAUACAGACAUACUACCAUAUUUUUUAAAGCAAUCGCACAUAAUUAUUUUCAAUUAAUAAAACUAUAUUUUAAUGACUUGCCAUUUUGCUCAAGAUUGUCCAGUAGAAUUGUGACAAAUAAAAUAAAUUGAGUUGUAUGUAUUGUUUGUAUAAGUAUAUGUAUAUGAUGUAUAUGUAAAGCAAACAAUAAUAAUGAAAGUUUGAAUGUAAAAUAACAUUUUGAACAUUACUAGGUUAAUACUAAUAUAUGAAUGUGAUCAAAAAGUCCCCAAAAACACCACUCUUCGCUUCCUUUUUGAUAAUAGCUACAACAAUCAAUCAACAAGUCAGAUUAAAUUAACUGUCUCUGUUAUAUUAGUACACACUCUUUAAAUAUAUACUAAAGAUAUGUAAUGCAUCAAUACAACAAUCUGUAUACAACAAAACAGAAUAAAAGCCAAACAAAAGCACUGUUAGGUAAAGCAUAACAAGCACAUGGAAACAUCCUUUCUGUUUAUGGCAGACCUUCGACGCCUAAUCUUGGGACGCCUCGUCCUUGGACGAGUGUCCACAGCACUCAGGACAGCAGCAGCAGCUGUGGCAGCAGUACCGUUGAAGUCGACUCAGAAGUCCUGUUGAGCCCCUUCCAGCCUGAGGCUCUUGUUCGUUUACUGUCCCACCCUGUGGCUGUACCUCUCUGUGGGGAUCUGGCCCUGUCUGCAUGGCUCUAUCGUUAGUCCAUCUUCGGAAUCUGCUUCCUUUCAGUUUCUCAAGCUCUCCAAGCAGCUGUGCUCUAAGUUGCUCAAGCUCUCUGUAUUUGUCAGCUAGCAUCUUUCGGUUGCUUGACUGCUGGUGGAUUCGGUCUUCCUCUUGCGAAUCUAUGCUCGUUGUCUGCGAGGGCUCUUUGUCCUCUCUUUGCAAGUGAGGCCUCUUGACUAUGUUGCGAAGGGUCUGCAGCUUCUGCUCCAGGUUCUUUCUCAUCUUGGUACCUCUGCUCUUCAUGUGGUCGAUCUCCCUCCGUUCCAUUCUUGUCUCUUUCCACAUCUUCCGCAAUUUAUCUUGGUUAGAAACAUGUUCUUUUGUAGAAAUGUUUUCAGCUGUUGUGGCGUUCUCUUGGUGGUCAUCGUUAUCAUUGUGUUGUAUGGGAUCCUCAUUUUUUAUUCUUUUAACGCUCUCGUCGGCAGGGCUUUGGGGCAUUUCGGGGCCUUUUUGUUUGAUCUGCUCUUGAGGAAAGUUAGUCUGGGUUUGAACAGAGAUAUGUUCAAUUUUUCCCUUGUUUCUCUUUACAUCCCACAGAAGUUUUGCGACGUCAUAUUGAGCUUUCAAAUCUACCUUAAUUUUGUCAAGAUGCAAAUAAGAAUUCAGCAUAGUUUUCCAUUUAUCAUUACAUUCUUGUUGUUUAAUUUUGAUUUCCUCAUGUUUUCUUACUGUACAUUGUAAUAUAAUUAUCAGCUCUUUGAGUUUUAAGGAUAGUGUAUUCAGGUUCUCUCUUUCUUUUCCAGCUUUCAUAUAAGAUUGAUCUCUCUCCUGUGCCUCUGUAUCUUUCUGGAUUUCAGACCUCAUGGUAUCCAAAUCAAGGUUGUCUUUGUUGAUUUUUUCUUUAACUGUGUCAAGACAUUUGCUUUGCCUGUCUACUGCUUCCUUUUCCACAUUGAGAUCUUGCUUCUCCAGUAAAAGCUCCUCGUUCCAAUUCUUUUGCAUUUCUUGUUUUUGUGCCAUCACGUCCGAUUUCAUAUUGAUCAGAUCUUCUCUUUGUCUUUUUAUCUGUUUGAAGUGCUUGUCAAUCUUAAAUUUCUGCUGUUCAAUUUCUUUUUGCUGAAUUUCCAAGAUAGUUGUCUGAUUUUGUGCAUCCAGAAUCUUCUGCUCUAUUAAUUGCCUCUUCAUUGUAAUGUGUUGAUGUGUCUUUUCAACCAACUCUUUUAUUGACUCUUUCAUAAUUGUGUUGUGUCUUAUCGUUUGCAUGGCCUCUUCUUCUCUCAUCCUUACUUCCGACAAAUCUCUUUCUAGCAUCGUCCUUUCGUCCACGGCCUUUAUUCGCGCUUCAUGAAUAUCGAGCUUCUCUUGUUCAAGCUGUGCUGUCCCUUCAAAGAUUCUUUCCACGAUCACUUUAAGCUCCUCCUUCUUAUUCAUGACAUCACUCUUAAAACGUUGAACUUCCUCCUGUUGUUUUAUUAGAUUUUCCUGCCCAAUUUGGAGAUCAUCAGUCAAUCGUUUCAGGUCACUGUCUAGAAGCUCUUGUUGUUUCUGUUUUUGGGCCAUGUGUUGUAUCUCUUUAUGAAGUUCUUGGAUUUUCUUUAGGCCUUCAAGAAGUAAAUGGUCCAUCUUUUCUCUGUCACUGUUCAAAUCGCUCUGUAGACCAUAAACUUUGUCUUGUUUUUCUUGGAGUUCCGCCUUUGCCAUUUCAAGUCUUUCGUUUUCAA